UGACAUGCACCGCUAGGUGUCGAUUCAUAACAUGUAAACGAGAACGUCCCAUCACAAUCAAAACCCUUGGAAUCUUCGUUCAUUUCAAAUCGGAUCCAAGCUUCUGGAGAUCUCAAUUUGAAAAUUCGCAGGUUUCUUUCAUUUUUCAAUAACACACUCAGCAAUGGAUCCGAAUGAAUCAUCCAAUUCCAAUCCAACACAACAGCCGGUGAAUGAAUCAUCGAAUUCCAAUCCAACGCAACAGCCGGUGAAUGAAUCAUCCGAUUCCAAUCCAACGCAACCACCGGUGAAGCCAGACGAUUCGCACUCCGGCGACAACGCUCCAAACCCUAAGCAAGAUGACCUUCCUCCUUCAAACCUCCCUUCCAGUGAUAAUUUUGCAUCUGUCGCCAUCGUUCCUGAAAAACAACCAGAGGUACCCCCUGCUUCCGAACAACCGUCGCAGACCACCGCUUCAACGCCAUCGCAAGGUCCAAGCGCUAUUUCCGGAGGUAGCGCCAUUACUGCGCCUGAAGCUUCCAAUCCUUACGUGACCGCUGCUCCCGUGCGGGAAUCUUCCACAAAGAAUUCAAUGGACUCGGUUAGGGUUCUGUUUAGGAGAUGGGCGAAGAAGGCUGCUGACGCAACAAAGAAGGGGCAAGAAUAUGCUGGAGAUAUGUGGCAACACUUGAAAACGGGUCCAAGUGUUACUGAUGCUGCUGUUGGAAGAAUUGCACAAGGAACUAAACGACUUCUGAAAUCAUAUGCAUGUUACUUAUCCACUUCUGCGGGCCCGGUUAUUGGAGUACUCUACCUUUCCACUGCAAAAUUCGCCUUUUGUAGUGAUAAUCCACUUCCAUAUAAAGUUGGUGAAGAGAAGAAAUGGAGCUAUUACAAGGUUGUGAUUCCAUUACUUCAACUAAAAACUGUUCGACCUUCUAGAAGCAAAACAAAUGCUGCUGAAAAGUACAUUCAAGUUAUAUCAAUUGAUAAUCACGAGUUUUGGUUCAUGGGUUUUGUUAAUUACGACAGUGCUGUGAAACAUCUUGAAGGUGCUCUUCAGCCCCACGAAUAUCCACUUGCCAUUGGUAGUUCAAUUUGAUGAACGAUCAUUUUAUUUUUUUCUAAAUGCAUUCAAACAUUAUAAAUUCCAAU